AGAUGGCGGUCAACAGGAGGAGGAGAUUCCAGCAGACAGAGAGAGAGCUGAGGGAGGCGGCUGUCGCUACGCUGCAGAGCUGGAUCCAGACGGCCAGCAGCAGGACAGCAGGCUCUCAGCAGCUCGGCGAAUUCCAGGAGCAGCCGGAGCCUCCCGACAUCAAACAGGAAGAGGAGGAGGAGCAGGAGGAGGAGGAGGAGGAUGAUGAUGAAGAGGAGGAGGAUGAUGAAGAGGAGGAGGAAGAAGAAGAAGAAGAGGAGGAGGAAGAAGAAGAAGAAGAAGAAGAAGAGGAGGAGGAGGAGUGGACCGGUCCUGAAAUCCAGACUCCUCAGAUAGAGUUAGUCUACAGCCUGCAGUGUAAAAGUGAGCAGCCUCAGGUCGACGUCCCUCCGACCGCCUCCUCCUCUGAGCCGACUGAUGCCCCGCCACCCCCGCAGUUGCCCCCCCCAGCAGUGCCUCCUGGUAGGAGGGGAAGGAGGCGUAAGGGCACAGACACAACAGGAAAUACGACGUCCCGCUCCUGUAAGGUGUGCGGCGUGGCGUUCAGCUACCGCGGCUCGCUGAUGAACCACGUAGAGGUCCACGCGUACGACGAGCGCUGCAUCUGCGGCGUCUGCGGCAAACAGCUGCCGGACAGAGACGGUCUGCUGCAGCACCUGCGGACGCACGUCAAGGUCCACGUCUGCAGCUUCUGCGGCAAAACCUUCUGGCGGCGCGUGGAGCUGGCGGUGCACACGCGCUGCCACACGGGCGAGAAGCCGUUCAGCUGCAGCGUGUGCGCCAGGAGCUUCAACCGCAAAGGCAACAUGGAGAUCCACAUGAGGACGCACACGGGCGAGAAGCCGUACGCCUGCCCCGUCUGCGGCAAGGCCUUCAACAUCCUGUCGUCCAUGAUCCGCCACCGCAGGACGCACUUCGGAGAGAAGCCGUUCAGCUGCAGCUUCUGCCUCAAAGGCUUCGCCACCAACUAUGAAAUGAAGACGCACAGGAGGACGCACACGGGCGAGCGGCCGUACACCUGCACCGUCUGCGGCAAAGGCUUCACGCUCAGCACGCCGCUCAAAAAGCACAUGAAGCGCCACACGGAGCUGCCGCCGCCGCCGCCGCUUCAGAUUCACGUGUACACCCCGGCGCCACGUGACGAAACACAGCCGACAAUUUAAACCUGAAGCCUCCGUGUUUGAUUCUUACUGUUUGUCUGUGACUCGAGACGCUCCGAAAUCGUUAAGGUUGCGAUCACAUGACGUUUGGCUCUGAAGCAGGAUGCUGAGUCACGAUUCUGAUGAUGUUAAUAAAUAAGUAAAUAAGAGUGAUGUCACAGUUUGUACUGUCAUCAUUCACUAAAGUUAACCAGCCAUGUUUCUAUUGGCCGAAUGAGCACAAAGGGUGAUCUCUGAUUGGCUGGACAUCGCACCGAAACAGGAAACGCACACUUGAAUUUGUCCAGCUUGAAUAGAAGUGAAAGGGGAAACAUCAUGUGACCGCAACCUUCAAUCUAAAGCUCCUUUCACACAUGCAGCCUGUCCCUGUAAUGUUCAGGAACUUGUGAAUUAGAGCAAGGAUCAAUUUUCAGGGAGCUUGUAACGCUUCAGGGAAAAUGCCGAUACGGCUGUGAUGUGAAUGAACCAAUCAGAGGUGAUGACUUGUUUACGAUUGCUUUGCAGAUGCAUUAGCAAAGAAGCUUUUGUUGUUGUUGUAAUGUCUAGAAACUGGAUUCAGAUUCAGAGGUAAGGGAGUUCCUCUGAGUCUACUUUACAUCUGCUGGACUGUCUCUAUCUGCUUCAGCAUUUCUUCAUCAUGUGUUAAAAAAUCCAAAGACGGAAAUGUUCCUGAAUGUAGCUGCGUGUGUAAAUAGUGAAAAUCACUCACAGUGCCUGAUUGGUUACCCCGGUAAUGUACCGGGAACUGUGCCUGAAAGAGGCUUCAGAAUCACCAGUGCUGCGUCUCAAAUCACAAACUUCUGUCAUUGGGCUUUUCCAUUAUACAGUUCUAGCACUACUCGACUCGACUCUACUUGGUUUUUUCUUGCUCUUCCAUCAGGGAUAGUACCUGGUACCUGGUACUUGUUUUGGUAUCUGGUUCCAAGCGAGCCAAGCCGAUACUAAAAUGUGACGUCAACAGACUGCCGGCCUCUGAUUGGUCAGAGAGUCACUGGAAGAGUCAUGAACCG